AUGGCCAAGGACGAGCAGAUGCAAUACCCGUUCUUCACGGAGGGCACCAGGGAACUGCUCCAGGCGCGCAUCAACAUCGCGCACUACUCCCUGCCUCGUGCUAAGGCCAGGCUCGAGAGGGCCAACAAGCAGCCCCGCCUCGGUGACUCCGGCGAGGACCCCGACAACCAUGUCGUGAAGCGGGCAGGGGACUUCGUCCUCAACUGCAGCGAGAUCGGAGACGACCGCCCGCUCACCGCCUGCUCCUUCUCCCGCGACGCGUCAAUGCUCGCCACGAGCUCCUGGAGCGGGAUCACCAAAGUAUGGAGCAUCACGCCACCAGGGAUAACCAAAAUCGCGGCCCUCAAAGGCCACACAGAACGUGCUACAGAUGUCGCUUUCUCUCCGGCCGAUAACUGCCUACUAGCAACAGCCUCCGCGGACAAAACCGCCAAACUAUGUAAUAUCAGCAGCGAUAACAGGUCACUUCUAACGUCUUUUCACGGUCACCAGGAUCGUCUUGCUCGCCUCGCCUUCCAUCCAUCCGGAAGAUACCUUGGCACAGCCAGCUUCGACAAGACCUGGAGACUUUGGGAUGUCAACACCGGGACACAGCUCCUACUCCAGGAGGGGCAUAGCAGAGGUGUAUACGGAGUCGGCUUCCACCCUGACGGCUCCCUAGCUGCAUCCUGUGGACUUGAUGCGCACGCUCUGGUCUGGGACCUAAGAUCUGGAAGAUUAUACUAUACCCUCACAGGGCAUGUCAGUCCUGUCCUUGGAGUCAGCUUCUCCCCUAAUGGUCGUCUAGUCGCAACCGCGGGUGAGGACAAUUUUUGUCGAAUAUGGGAUCUGAGGAUGACUGGAAAGUUGUUGUAUUCCAUACCGGCACAUAAGAGUCUUGUUUCGCAGGUGAAGUUCGAACCCCGGGAUGGUGCUUAUCUGGCGACGUCUUCCUAUGACACUACAACGGCGCUAUGGUCAGCCCAGGAUUACAGACCAAUAAAAACUUUGGAUGGCCAUGACUCCACGGUUACCGGUAUGGAUAUCAGUGGAGAUGGGCAGCAGAUCGUGACUGUUUCACAUGAUCGAACCAUAAAGAUUUGGUCAUGCAGCACAAGCAGCACGCGGCGGGACAAUGAGAUGCAGUUGGAUUAA